AAGGUCGUCAAAUGUCAUCGAUGAUUAUUUUUAACUUCUCGAGCUCAAAACAAAGCCAAAAUUACAAUCCAUCAAAUUUUCGAGAAUAUUUCCCAUCUAAAUUUUCUGUGAAAUCGAUUCCGAUACUCUGGGAAGACCAGUGUCGUAAUUUUCGUGUUCAAACACCACUAUACCUCAAAACCGUGACGAUAGGAGGAAGAAAACCGAUCGCAAAUAUAAAACAAUGGGAGGCUAUUCACUCAAGCUGAAAACCAAAACGGGCCAGCAGCAUAUCGUCAGCAAUCUGGAGCAAAGUACGACGGUGCGCAAUUUGAAGGACAAGAUAACCGAGCUUACCCAGAUUCCUCCGGAAGUGCUCCAUGUGGUGCUUGGUUAUCCCCCGUUCACACCGUUGGAUUUUAGCAAGGAGGAUGAACUGCUGACGACCAUCGGUGUCAGCAAUGGGGACACACUGAUCGUGAACGAAAAGCAACUCAGCGAGGAGGAACGGCGCCAGCAGGCUGCCAAAAAGCUUAUGGAGGAAGACGAAAGGCUGGCGAAGGAACUUGCUGCUCAGGUUGAGGGGAGCGGUGGGAUCUUGCUCAAGCAGGUGGUGCCAAGUGAUAACUCCUGCCUGUUUACGAGCAUCGGGUUUGUGCUCUCGGGGAAGGUGGAACCUGAGAAGAGUCAGUACAUGCGCGAAAUUAUUGCUUCCACGGUCAAUGCGGAUAAGCAACAGUACAAUGAGGGGAUUUUGGGCAGACCUAACGACGAGUACUGCGCUUGGAUCCUUCAGCCGGAGUCUUGGGGUGGGGCAAUUGAGGUUUCGAUUUUGUCCGCCCAUCACGGGAUCGAGUUCGACGUCGUGGACAUCACCAAUGCGAUCAUCAACCGAUUCGGCGAAAACAUGAAUUAUGGCAUCAGGGCAUUUUUGCUUUUUGACGGAAUCCACUACGAUCCACUGUACCUGGAGUCAACAUCGGGUGAACCACCGAAAACAAUAUUUCCCAUCGAAGACAACGCGGUGUACGUGCAGGCGGAACAGCUCGCGAAGGAGGCUAAGUCUUCGCGCCAGUUCACCGACGUCAAUCGUUUCACGCUUAGAUGCAUCGACUGCGACUGUUUGCUGCAAGGUCAGGUGGAGGCCCAGCAGCAUGCAAAGAGAACUGGGCACGUUAAUUUUGGCGAAGUUUGAUCGAGGGGAGGUGAAGAAGUCACUAAAUUAUAAUCUUUGUAGGUUUAUGGAAGGGUUGCUUAAAAAAUGCAUUUGGCGUUCGUUCAAUAGUACCUAACAAUUUAUUUAGUGUUUUGUAUUUGAAAUUAUCGUACUUUUUGCAUGAAAGACUUUACAUUUAACUAGCUUUGAAUCGACGUAUGAAAAAAGGCAUCCAAAAUAAAUCAAAUCUGGAAAGGUAGAAUAAA